AUGAACUUUAUUUCAGGAGGAUCCGACAUUUGUGGAACUUCAUACUCCGCAGCAAAAAGACAUGCAAAGGAGACUAAGGCAGAAAGGGGAGAUAAGCCAACCAGGACAACAACCCUCACAACUGAUAAAGUGAUCACGUUCGACAGUGAUGAUAGGGAUACUGUCCAGGAUCCUCAUCAUGAUGGUUUGGUAAUAACUUUAUAUGUAGCUAAUCAUUUUAUGCGCAUGAUACUGGUGGAUAAUGGCAGCUCCGUCAACAUUAUUCAACUAGAAACGCUGAAAAGGACGAAUGUUUCCCCAAUGGAUAUCACUUCAAAAUCUAUUGUACUUGUCGGGUUCAGUGGAGAGGCCAGGAAUACUGUGGGAGAAAUAAAGCUGUCGGUAUAUGUUGAAGGAGUCAACUCAAUGCAACGCUUCUAUGUCAUGGACUCCUUAUCCUGCUACAAUAUCAUCUUGGGCAAGCCAUGGAUCCAUGAUAUGAAAGCUGUACCAUCAACUUAUCAUCAGUGA